AUAUUUACUCGACCUAUAGAUAAGUGCUAGAUAUUUUAGUAAAUAAUGGAAUAUUAGCAUAUCUUGUGUCAUGGCUGUUUUGGAGGAAUUUUUGAGAGCGGCUCUUGAAGGAAAUAUAACAAUUGUGAGAGAACAUAUCUCUGCUGGUAUAGACGUCAAUACAUGUAACGCGAAUAGAAUGACGGCGCUUCAUUUUGCGUGCAAAUCCGGGCACCUUGACGUCGUGUAUGAACUUAUUAAAUGUGGGGCAAAUGUAAAUAGUUUAAGUAGAAACAGAAACACCGCCUUGCACAUUGCAUGCUUGGCGGGAAAUAUGGAUAUUGUGGAAUAUCUCGUUCAGAACAAAAUUGAUGUAAAUGCUGAAAGUUCUUGCGGUUUUACAGCAUUGUAUAUGGCAGCCCAGGAGGGACAUGCUAGCAUCGUUCGUUAUCUUCUUGACAAUGGUGCUGACCAAACAAUUUCAACAACAGACGGUUUUACUCCGUAUAACGUAGCAGUGCUGCAGAAACAUGAUCACGUGGUCAACAUAUUGAAAGAUGAUAAAAACUUUUUGAAGUUAAAUGAGAAUAGGUCAUAUACGCCUUCAGAAAUGCGCUAUGAUAGGCAGCCUGAAAAGCCGGAAACCAGGUGCGAUGAUAUACCUCAGCAGACUAAAAGAAGUAGGAACAGGGGCAGAAAGUGUGCCAUUUUAUCAUCUAGUGUCAUGGAAAUAAUGGAUGAUUUUUUUGAAGCAGCUCGUGCAGGUGAUAUUGCAGCUGUUCGGAAACAUAUUUCUGCUGGUGUUAACGUCAAUAUUUGCAAAGAGAAUGGCUUGACGGAGCUUCAUCUUGCCUCCAAAUCCGGACAUUUUGACGUAGUGUCGGAACUUAUCAAAAGUGGAGCGAGUGUCAAUUCUUUAACUAGAAACGGUAACACUGCCUUGCAUGUUGCGUGCUUGUCGGGACAUCUGAAGAUUGUGGAAUAUCUCAUUCAGUACAAGGCGGAUGUAAAUGUUGAAAGUUCUUCUGGUUUUACACCAUUGUAUAUGGCAGCCCAGGAGGGACAUGCUGGUAUCGUUCGCCGUCUUCUCGACAAUGGCGCUGAUCAAACAAAUUCGCUAAAGUAUGGUUUUACUCCGUAUCAAGUAGCAGUACAGCAGAAACAUGACGACGUAGUUAACAUAUUGAAAGCUGAUAAAAACUUCACGCAUCUAUCAGAAUAACUAUCGGUUAUUUGUGCAGUGACUAAGCUGCGCUGAGACACCCUGACACUUUGUACUGCUUUGCUUUUCUGUAUAAAAUAAUUAAAAAUUCUAUCAAUUAAACGAAAUACAUAGAUACA